UCAAAGAAAAUACAAUGGGGAGUGAUCAUUACCCAAUAGCCAUUAAUAUAGGGGUAGUUAUGAAGGAGGAACAGUUAAAAGUUGAGGGAAGGUGGAAGUUUGGGAGAGCAAAUUGGGGUAUGUUUGGAGUUAUGAGUGAAGAAUGCUUGGAAAAGGUAGAUAUAAAUAAUCCAAUUAAUGAGGUUAAUUCUGAAAUUAGCAAGGGUAUAAUAAAUUUGGCCAAAUUUAGUAUUCCCAAAAGUAAUGGGAAUAGGAUAAAGGAAAAAAUAGUUCCUUGGUGGACAAUAGAAUGUUCAAUAGUUAUUAAACAGAGAAACAAAGCGUUUAAGAUAUUGAAAAAAAUGAUAAGCUUUCAGAAUUUGAUAAAUUAUAAAAGAAAACAGGCAGAAGUUAGAAGAGUUAUUAAAAGUGCUAAAAGAAAUUAUUGGAGAAAGUAUUGUGAAUCUUUGGGGAAGAAUUCAACAUUAGAUAAAGUCUGGAAUACUAUUAAAAAAAUGUCAGGGAAUUCAAAAGAAUUUUUUUUCCCAAUAAUUAAAGAGAAUGGAAAUAAUAUUAUAGAUAAUAAAAGUAAGGCUGAGGAAUUAGGAAAGAUGUUUGCUAAGAUACAUAGUACAGAGAAUCUAAAUAAUAGGGAAAAAUUAGGACGUGAAACUACCAAACAGCGGAAUAUAGAAUUAAUUCAAAAUGAUGAGAAUUAUGAUGAUUAUAGUAACAAGUAAUUUUCCUUAGCUGAAUUAGAUAAAGUGUUGAGGAAUUCUAGAAAAUCGACACCUGGUAAUGAUCAAAUCACUUAUAAUAUGAUAAGUAAUCUUAGUGCUGUGAGUAAAGAAAAAAUUUUAAAACUGUUUAAUAAAAGUUGGGAGGAAGGAGUUUUGCCUGAUAACUGGAAGGAAGCUAUUAUUAUUCCUAUAUGCAAACCUGGGAAAGAUCCAAAUUUAACUGAAAGUUAUAGACCAAUAGCCCUAACGUCGUGUUUAUGUAAAAUUAUGGAGAAAAUGGUAAAUAAUAGGUUAGUAUAUUUCUUAGAAUCCAAGGGGAAGUUAAAGGAAUACCAGUUUGGAUUUAGAAAAGGAAGAAGUACAAUUGAUCCAGCAAUAUGUUUGGAACAUGACGUUAGACGAGCUCAAAUUAAUAAAGAGAGUGUGAUAGCAGUGUUCUUGGAUGUGGAAAAGGCUUAUGAUAUGUUGUGGAAAGAAGGGUUGCUGAUUAAAUUAAAACUAACAGGUAUAAAGGGUAAAAUGUAUAGAUGGAUUAGAAAUUUCUUAACUGACAGAAAGUUAAGAGUGAAAAUAGAAGGGGAAAUUAGUUCAGAGUAUCAAGUGGAAAAUGGAACUCCCCAAGGGAGUAUUAUAAGCCCUAUGUUAUUUAAUAUAAUGAUUGAUGAUAUUUUUAGUAAUAUAGAUAAAUCCUUAGGUGUUUCACUAUUUGCAGAUGAUGGUGUCAUUUGGAAAAGGGGAAGGAACAUUGAAUAUAUAACACAGAAAGUGCAGGAAGCAUUAAAUAAUGUAGAAGCAUGGGCGUUAGAAUGGGGAUUUAGGUUCUCAACAUCUAAAUCUAAAUUUGUUGUUUUUCAAAUAAGAGAGUGAGUAGUAAUGUGGAACUUAAAUUUUAUGGGAGUGUAAUAGAAAGGAGAGAUGAAAUUAAAUAUUUGGGGAUAUGGUUUGAUAAAAAACUCACAUGGAAAACGCACAUAGAUAAGAUAGUGGUAAAGAGUAAAAGAAUUUUAAAUAUUUUAAGAUGUCUAGUAGGCAGAGAAUGGGGAGCUGAUAGGAAAGCAUUAAGAACGUUUUAUAUUGGUCUAAUUCGAUCUAUUUUUGAUUAUGGAUGUAUUUUAUAUAAUUCAGCUUCAAAUAAGUUAUUGGAAAAGAUAGACAAAAUACAAUAUCAAGCGUUAAGGUUAUGCUGCGGAGCGAUGAAAACAACUCCAGUCUCGGCUCUACAGGUUGAGAUGGGUGAGAUGCCAAUGAAGAUUAGAAGAGAACAAAUAGCAGUAACAUAUUGGGCGAAUAUUAAAGGUCAUAGCAAAAAUUAUCCUCCAUAUUUAACACUAAAACCAUGUCAGGAAAAAGAAAAGAAGAAUACAAAUAGUUUUGGAUGGGUAAUUUUAAGUAAAAUAGAAGAAAUUGGGAUUGAUAAAGUUCAAGUUAGUUCAGUAGUUGUCUCUCCUGCCAUCCCACCAUGGGUUUUAGAACAAGCUGAAGUUGACUUAAAAUUAUUGGAAAAGGGAAGAGAGAUGGAAAAGAAUGAAGUGGAAAAUUAUAUAAAUAAAGAAUAUUCAAAGCAUAUCCAAGUAUAUACAGACGCUUCAAAAAAGUCAAAUAAUCAAGUAGGGAUAGCGUUUAUUGCUCCAGAUUUAAAUGUUAUGGAAAAUAAAAGAAUUAGUGAUAAACUAACAGUGUAUACAGGCGAAUUAAUGGCAAUUUUAAUAGCCUUAGAAUGGAUAGAGGGAAUAGGAAAAGGAAAGUUUGUAAUUUGUUCAGAUUCUAGUAGUGCAUUAAUGAGUAUACAAGGAAUGAAAUCGGAAGUUAGACAAGAUAUUAUAGAGGAUAUAGUUCAGGUAAUUUUCAGGAUUAAGAAGAACGGAUCUCAGAUUAAAUUAAUUUGGAUUCCUGCUCACAUCGGUGUGGUAGGUAAUGAAUUGGCAGAUAAUUUUGCUAAGAGAGCCUCUAAUAAAGAAAUUGUUGAAUUAAAUAUUAAAAUGAGUAGAAAUGAGAUAAAGAGUGUUGUUAAGGAGUAUAUGAAGGAAAAAUGGCAAGAGCAGUGGGAUAGAGGAGAAAAAGGGAGAUUUUAUUAUAAAAUUCAAAAAAGAGUUGGGGGGUAUAGAAAAGGUAAUAGGACUAGAAGGGAAGAAGAUAUUAUUUCUAGAAUCAGAUUUAGGCAUACAAAGUUAAAUAGUACACUUAAGUUAAUUAAUAAACACAGUACAGGUUGUUGUGAAUAUUGUGGAGAGAUGGAAACAAUACAGCAUGUAUUUUUAGAAUGUAAUAAGUAUGUAAGGGAGAGAGAGAUGUUGGUUAAUGAGAUGAAUAAUUGUAAAUUAGAUUUAGAAGAAAUAUUUCAGAAAUCGUCAGGAGAUAUAAUAUUUGAGAGUGUUUUUAGAUUUCUAAGAAGGACGGGUAUUAUGGGGAGGGUAUAAGCGUGUGAUCCAUACUCCAACCUGGAAGGUGGCGGUAAUGCACCUGUAAGUUGUUUGCCAACCGCCAUAAAACAAGAAGAAGAAGAACUUGCUGUUUGCCGUUUAUUGUUACUCUUCGAUGUGUGUGCGUGGAAAUACAAGAACCACACACAAUUACCUAAAUACACCGCAAGUACGAGUUGAAUCACCUGGAGUAUGACUCUGCGUUCUUUGGAGUUCUGACCGACUCACCACAGUGUUCUGCAUAGUCACACCAGCAAAAUCAGCCUCUAAUUUUCAGGCAGCAUGCAAAAUAUACAUGACGCAAUCCAGACUUCUAAAAAAUGCUAUGAAGUUGCAUUUUGUUCAAGCUGCAGUAUAUAACUUUAAUAAAAAAUAUGUUUUUUUCAUAUUUGUUUAAGCGAUGACCAUGUUGUGCCAGUUUGUUAUGAGACAGAUAAUCUGUCAAGAAGAUCAAUCUUCUCCACCUGCUCCCUGAACUACUAUUACUAGCUAAAGUAAUGAAACAUUAAACAACCACUCAGAACCAGGAGGAGCGUCUUAGUGCUG